CACACGCACGCAGCUCAGAGGCUUCAUAAAUUCCGCAUCCUCGCCGGAGACUGGAGGAGGAAGAGGAAGACACAGACCGAGAGAGAGUGGAUCCCACCUCAUUCCUCCCUCUCUCUCUCUCUCUCAUCUGUCAUCUUCUCUCUUCUUCCAAAAUCCGAACCCUAGAGCUACCCAAACCCUACUAAGAUCCCCACUCCCCAAUGGACUUCUCCAAGCUCCCAAGAAACCCUAGGUCCCCCAGGAAAACCCUAACACUCCUCCUCUCCGCCUCCUCCGCCAUCGCCGUCCUCAUCCUCCUCCUCUUCCCCUCUCGCUCUCCCCCAAAAUUCUCCAUCGUCAUCGACGCCGGCAGCACCGGGACCCGAAUCCACGUGUUCGGGUACAAGACCCGACCCGGAUCUGCGACCCCCUUCGAGAUUGAUCUCGGCUCGACGGCGGAGAUGAAGGUGAGGCCUGGGCUCUCGGCUUUUGCGGGGGAUCCGGGGAGAGCCGGGGAGUCGUUGAGGGAGUUGGUGGAGUUUGGGAGGGAGAGAGUGGGGAGGGGGAAUUUGGGGGAGACUGAGAUUAGGCUGAUGGCGACGGCCGGGUUGAGGAUGGUUGGUGAUGGGGUCAAAGAGAGGAUUUUGGAGAGUUGUAGGGGGGUUUUGAGGGGCUCGGGGUUUCGGUUCCGGGAUGAUUGGGCUAGCGUCAUAUCAGGCUCUGAUGAAGGCAUCUUCGCAUGGGUGGCUGCAAAUUAUGCCCUUGGUACUCUAGGAGGUGAUCCUUUGGAAACCACUGGGAUAAUGGAACUUGGUGGAGCUUCUGCUCAGGUAACAUUUGUUUCAAGUGAACCGCUGCCUUCUGAAUAUGCUCAUGUGGUUAAGUUUGGCGAGAACACCUAUAGCCUCUAUAGCAACAGCUUUCUUCAUUUUGGACAGAAUGUGGCAUAUCAUUCAGUACAGGAAUUGCUGAGCUUGAGAAGCCUGGAAUCAUCUACAGAAUCUACCCAGGGAGAAAUGUUUAUAGAUCCUUGCUCCCCCAAAGGCUAUUCACAUAAUUCAAUAUCAUUUAAUAACUCCGCUGGUGUUCUCAGUCCAAAGGUAGCUCAUGCAAGCGGCAACUUCUCAGGAUGUAGGUCUGCUGCAUUUACGCUGCUACAAAGAGAGAAAGAGCAAUGUGCAUAUCAGACAUGCCACUUGGGAUCAAUUUUCAUGCCUAAGCUACAAGGAAAGUUCUUAGCUACUGAAAACUUCUUCUACACAUCAGAGUUCUUUGAGCUGGGAUCUACACCAAUGCUAUCUGAUUUCAUGUCAGCCGGGCAACAAUUUUGUGGGGCAGAUUUGUUAGACCUCAAAAAGAAGUAUCAUUCUCUUGAUGACGAGGACUUCCCACGUUAUUGCUUCUCAUCGGCAUAUAUUGUGGCCCUAUUACACGACAGCUUUGGAAUGUCUUUGGAAGAUGACAGCAGGAUCUCAUUCGUGAAUCAAAUAGGCAACUUCCAACUUGAUUGGGCCUUGGGAGCAUUCAUCAUGCAAAGACUAUCAAAUCCGACCAGAGAUCAUUCAGAUUGGAUCUAUCUGCUUCGAGAAAAUUCAGUGACAGCUCUCUCUAUCGUUCUCCUCUCUGCUCUGUUGAUAUUUGCAGCAUGGUCGGUAUUGAGAUGGAGGAAACCUCAAACGAAGACUGUAUACGACUUGGAAAAAGGGCGAUAUAUAAUUACUCGUGUCAACCGAUGAACUUUGUUGUGGGACAUUGUAAUUUAUAUGUAUCAUUAUUGUUAUUAUCUAUUCAAUUCUUUUCUGUUCUUAAGUUCUUCAAUGAGUAAUUUGAGGGCCUCCGUGUAUAUGCAUUCAACUAGGCGGUCAAUGGAAGAGCCUGCUCAUGCAAAAUAUUGUUUCAUCA